UGCGCGCAUGCGCCGAGGGUGCGCAUGCGCCGUGCGCCUCGUCCGGGGGCGCUCGACGGGACGCGCCUGCGCAGUGGAGAGCGGCUGGUGGCUAGACUCGGGCAGGUGCAGUCUCAGUGAGAAGGCGGCCGGAGCGGCUGUCUGAGUCAAGAUGAGGCUUCUGUUGCUUGUCCUGGUGGCGGCGUCGGCGGUGACCCGGGGCGAGGCCUCGGCCAACAUGGGCGGCGUGCCCAGCAAGAGGUUAAAGAUGCAGUACGCCACGGGCCCGCUGCUCAAGUUCCAGAUUUGCGUCUCCUGAGGGUACAGGCGGGUGUUUGAGGAGUACUUGCGCGUCAUUAGUCAGCGGUAUCCCGACAUCCGAAUCGAAGGGGAGAAUUACCUCCCUCAGCCGAUUUACAGACAUAUAGCGUCUUUCCUGUCAGUCUUCAAACUAGUACUAAUAGGCUUAAUCAUUGUUGGCAAGGACCCCUUCGCUUUCUUUGGCAUGCAAGCGCCUAGCAUCUGGCAGUGGAGCCAAGAGAAUAAGGUCUACGCGUGUGUGAUGGUUUUCUUCUUGAGCAACAUGAUCGAGAACCAGUGCAUGUCCACAGGUGCAUUCGAGAUCACGCUAAACGAUGUACCUGUGUGGUCUAAGCUGGAGUCUGGUCAUCUCCCAUCCAUGCAGCAGCUCGUUCAGAUCCUCGACAAUGAAAUGAAGCUCAACGUGCACAUGGACUCACUCCCACACCAUCGAUCAUAGCCCCACCAUCAGCACUGAAAACUCUUCUACAUUACAGGAUUUUGCAGGAGCAGCGUGACUGGCACGAUGAAGGCCUGUACUGAAGACAGCUGCUGUUAGUACAGGCUGGAUACCCUCGGCAGGCACGUUGUACUCUUGGGAAACCUCAUGCAGGACAGUUUCUCAGUGCUGAGGCGUUUGGGAAUUCUGCACAUUCAUGGAGUGCAAUAAUACUGUAUAGCUUUCCCCAAAAACUCACUCUGUUUCUUUUACAUGUAGACAUUACUACUUGGAACUUUUUUCUUAGUCAUUUUUGAAAAAGUAGAAAAUUGAGUUACAAUUUGAUUUUUUUCAAGAUGUGUGUUGAAUUUGUUGUGCUUUUAUAUGAAUUUUCAUUUUUUAUAGUUUAAAGUCAGCCAUUUGGGUAUAUAGCUGAAGUUCCAAAUAGUUUAUAAGGUUAUUAGACAUCUCUAAUUUGGCCAUGUCCAAUUGAUACAGUUUCAAAAUUCUGCAGGUUAUGAACAGUGUGUUAUUCAAAAUUAUGGGGAAAUUCAGUAUCUCGAGUACUCCCACCGUGUGUGUGUGUCUGUCUGUCUGUCUGUGUCUGUGUGUGUGCGUGCGUCAGAGGACUGCUACAAACCACCUGCUCUAAAUCCUAUUGUGCAGUUCAGGUGUCUUGCCUUGACCAGUCUAGUGAGUUGAUUAACUGGGCCUUUGUAUUUAACUAAAUAAAAAGUAAGCAGAUGUCAGUUCAGUGGAAAAGUUUCAGUUUUUUGCUCAUUGUACCUGUUAACAUAUUUAAUAAUUAUCUGCCUAUUUUUUUUAUUUUGAUUUACAAAUAACCUUAGAAGGGGCACACUUUAGAUUCACAUACAAAUAAGAGGUUAAUUUACCAUUUUCAGAAUAGCUGAAACUCACCUCACUAAAUACCAGUCUGGUUGAACCUCUUACAACAUUGACAUUAGGUAAAUGGAGACCAUCUGAUAAUAACUUAUCUAGCAUCCAAUAUGUCAGAAUUUUACUGUAUUUGAAAAUUUUUAAAUUUAAUUUUUUGUAUUGUUCCAGAGCUCUAAAAAGACAGUUUUUUAAAAACUUAAAAAGUUGAUAAGACUAUAGGAAUGACUUAGCAGAAAUAGAACCAUAAUGUGGAAAAAUAGCUACAUGACAGCAGUGACAACAUACCUCAGACUCCAUACGUGAACGAAGUGGCAGGGCCAAAAGCAGGGACUGGAGUAAAAGUAAUGAAGUAAUUCAACACUGGUGUUACUAACAGUGAGCUGCUGCAAGGCUUGACCUUGCUGUCACCUGUGUAUCACUGGCUGCUUCCUUCCUGAAUGUGUCAGGUAAUGGGCCUGCAUGAGAGUCUCAAGGUAGAACUUACGUAAUCUUCCCGCUGUAGGACAUUAGUCUAUUGAUUCACUGCAGAAAAGUGGUUAAAUAGUUAUCUUUUGAUUGAGAUUGUAGAACUGUUAGCCUAAGUUCUUCACGUAGAGAUAGCCAAUACAAUUUAAAUGGGCAGUUCCUUAGAGAUUAUUACCUAAGUGGUGUAAUGCCAUUUUAUCUUCUGUGUACCACUCCAAAAGCCUGAACACUCCAGGGUCCUUCUUCAGCCUGUGGACAUUCCAGUGACACUGUAACCCUGUGGCGUGCAAACUUGGGCCUGUGAUGUUCCCAUGGAUCUGACAGGUAGAACUAUGAAGAAUCCAAGAUUCAAAUCCAACUUUCUCCAUUUUGCCUUGAGCUACAUAACUUGUCUUUCAGAGAAUAGCUACACUGUCUUAGACACUGAUAAAGCUCAACAACUGUGUUGACACCCACCUGUAUUUUGUUUUCUGCUUAGCCAUACUUAACUCUAGAAUCCAAUAGAGUCUAGUGAAAAAAUAAGUGGGGCGCAUGAAUAUAAAAAUACUACAAGGAAAAGGACAAGGUAAACUAUUUAAAGUGUAACUUUAUUCCUGACAUUUCACAAUUUAUUGGUUGCUUAUAAAUUGGUGUGGCUGUGUAACUUAUAAAUGUCUAUACACUAUUUAAUUAAAAGGCUGUAGGAUAUACCAGCAGGUUGGCUAAUAUUGGAGUUUUUGCCACAGUUGUCAUUGUGGAAGAAAUUGUUACAUUAAUAAAAAAAAAUGUUGGUAAAACAUGGCUUUAUGCCUCAGUGUGUAAGACAUGCAGACAAAUGCUUUCUUCUUCUGUCUCACAAAUGGUAUUCUUGCUUUUCAGUGCUGAUAUCAUUCAUGAUAG